GGGGAACUGCUGCUGCUCUCCUGAUUGAUAUACGAGGGCAAUGGCACGUUUCCAUUUGACAUUCUCUUUACCUCACUCUUCUAUUUAAACGUCUGCUCCAAGUUCCCUUUCCCCCCCCCUGUGUUUGGAAGAAAGAAAUAAAUAAAAGGAAAGCAAAGUGACGGAGAGAAAGGAACAACAGCAUUGCCCGGAUAUUCCAGCUUCUUGCUUUGCAGAACUUAACAUGGGAAAGGAGACUGUGGAUGCACACUUCUGAGAAUGUCACUAGCGUGAUGCAGUGUGUAGGAGGAGAAAACAGCACUCUGAUUAAAAAUACAACUGGACAAAGUAUGGGAGUACGAAACCUUUUCCGAACACUUUCUUAAAAAAAAACAAAAAAACAAAAGACGAUUAAAAGUAGCUCCAAAGCAUGUGGAACAAUGGAAGCCUGGAAGUUAAUGGAAGAUUUUUAUGUAAACCUGAGAGGAAGACUGGGAUUAAGUAUUUAAUCAACUAAGGUCCAAGACUUGCCAUUUCUCCAAAGUAUUUCAGUAAACGAUGGGAAAUCAUGUCCUUCUGGCAUGGAUUUCUGCUCUGUCUCUGUUAGUCAUUUUGAUCAAUGCAGACAAAAAAGGCAAAGCUUUCCUGGCAGAAUCAGAUCCCGAUCGUUGUAUGAGGCAUCAUUAUGUCGAUUCUAUUAAUCACCCGCAACAUAAAUGCACUGCAAAGAUGGUACUGCUAGCUCGCUGUGAAGGACGCUGCAGCCAGACUUCUCGCUCAGAUCCACUUGUUUCCUUCAGUACAGUAUUGAAGCAGCCAUUUCGCUCCACCUGUCAUUGCUGCCGGCCUCAGACUUCUAAGCUAAAAGCAAUUCGCUUGCGUUGUUCUGGGGGCAGAAGGAUGACUGCCACGUAUCGUUACAUACUUUCUUGUCACUGUGAAGAGUGCAAUUCAUAGAGACAUAAAGACAACAAGUCAAGGUCUGAAGACAGUUCACAGAAUAUUUGUAAUAUAUUUUUUAUGCGUUGAUUACAGUUUUGUGGAGACUCUAAAAGGAAAUCUGCAGAUGCCUGCCAUUUGGUUAUGAGGAAUGAAUAUCUGUUGUUUAUUUUUUAUCAUUUUUUUAUAUAUAUAUAAUUUACGUAUUUUAAAGCAUCAGACUUUAUACAUUUCGCUCUGUAUAAGAAGAUGAAAAACAAUAUUUUGUGUCUUUCUGCUACCAGCUAAAACACAGACAUGGAACUCUCAGAAGAUAUUGUUUAUUCCAUUCCCUGUUUUAAUAUUGUCUUGUAGUACAUGAUGGAAUAGUGCAAACUAAAGGCAAGGUCUGUUCAUCACCAUUGAUAUAAGUGUAGAAUGAUGGGCUGACAACAGAAUAAUAAAAUAUAUUAUUUAAAUCUA